GCUACAGCGGGAGGGGGCGUGACCAGCGGAAUUCAAUGGAGGAGCCUGAGUAUUUCAGCGCCAGCGCAGCCGAGUGGGGCGACGACACCGACGGAGGAGCGCAAGAUGAUGAUUAUGGGGAAGAAGAUGAUGCCGAGGUCCAGCAGGAGUGUUUGCACAAAUUUUCUACCCGAGACUAUAUCAUGGAGCCCUCCAUAUUUAAUACUUUGAAAAGGUAUUUCCAGGCAGGUGGCUCUCCUGAAAAUGUGAUCCAACUCUUAUCGGAGAACUAUACUGCUGUGGCCCAGACAGUAAAUUUGUUGGCUGAGUGGCUCAUUCAGACAGGUGUCGAGCCAAUUCAAGUCCAGGAGACAGUGGAGAACCACUUAAAAAGCUUGCUCAUUAAACAUUUUGACCCCCGAAAAGCAGAUUCCAUUUUCACAGAGGAAGGAGAGACUCCAGCAUGGCUUGAGCAAAUGAUAGCACACACAACGUGGCGGGACCUCUUCUACAAACUAGCUGAAGCUCAUCCAGAUUGCCUCAUGUUAAACUUUACUGUCAAGCUUAUAUCUGACGCUGGGUACCAAGGGGAGAUAACCAGCGUGUCAACAGCAUGCCAGCAGCUGGAAGUCUUUUCUCGAGUGUUGCGUACUUCUCUGGCCACCAUCUUAGAUGGUGGAGAAGAAAAUCUGGAAAAGAACCUGCCUGAGUUUGCUAAAAUGGUGUGCCAUGGCGAACACACAUAUCUCUUUGCCCAAGCCAUCAUGUCCAUCUUAGCCCAAGAAGAGCAAGGUGGCUCUGCGGUGCGCAGGAUCGCCCAGGAGGUGCAACGCUUUGCUCACGAGAAGGGACAUGAUGCCAGUCAGAUAACCUUAGCGCUGGGAACCGCUGCCUCGUACCCUCGCGCCUGCCAGGCCCUCGGAGCCAUGCUGUCAAAGGGAGCUCUGAACCCAGCAGACAUCACGGUCCUUUUCAAAAUGUUCACCAGCAUGGAUCCUCCGCCUGUAGAACUGAUUAGAGUUCCUGCUUUCCUGGAUCUCUUCAUGCUGUCCUUGUUUAAGCCUGGCGCUAAAAUCAAUCAGGACCAUAAGCAUAAAUAUAUCCAUAUUUUGGCCUAUGCGGCCAGUGUUGUGGAAACAUGGAAAAAGAACAAAAGGGUCAGCAUCAAUAAAGAUGAACUCAAGUCCACUUCGAAAGCAGUGGAAACCGUUCACAAUCUCUGCUGUAACGAGAACAAAGGAGCUUCUGAACUUGUGGCAGAGCUGAGUACCCUCUACCAGUGCAUCAGGUUUCCAGUAGUGGCGAUGGGUGUUCUGAAAUGGGUCGACUGGACAGUUUCGGAGCCUCGAUACUUCCAGCUUCAGACUGAUCACACUCCAGUGCACUUGGCGUUACUUGAUGAGAUCAGUACCUGCCAUCAGCUGCUUCACCCUCUUGUCCUGCAGCUACUUGUCAAACUUUUUGAGACUGAGCACUCUCAACUGGAUGUCAUGGAGCAGCUGGAGCUCAAAAAGACUCUCCUGGACAGGAUGGUGCACUUGCUGAGCCGUGGAUACGUCCUUCCGGUGGUUGGCUACAUCCGCAAGUGCCUGGAAAAACUGGACACGGACAUUUCGCUGAUCAGAUACUUUGUGACUGAGGUACUGGAUGUGAUUGCUCCUCCAUAUACUUCUGACUUUGUGCAGCUUUUCCUUCCAAUUCUGGAGAACGACAGCAUUGCCGGCACUAUUAAGACGGAAGGGGAGCACGACCCUGUCACCGAAUUCAUAGCUCACUGUAAAUCAAAUUUCAUUGUGGUCAACUGAACUGGAGAAAACAUCCUAUUCGCUGAUGAUACCAUGGAUUAUAUAUCCCACCUUCGUGCAUUACUGCAGAGGAUAAUGCAAAUAGCCUUGGGGGAAAGAAGAAGAAAGAACAGUUUGCUGGUUGAUGCUUCAGGUGACCUAGGAAGGUCGCUCUGGUGUGUUUCCCAAAUUUAAUUUUACUUUUCUUGAAUGUUGCCACUUCAAUUUACUUCACCUAAAUUUUUUGAAUGGCCUAAGCAUUUUGAAGAUGAUCAAAAAAGCUGCAAGAUGUUGCUUUUGACUCCAGGUUAGUUGUUAAUCAAGGCAAUAAUGCUGUUGUUGAUGACAUAAUAGUCUGAAAAAAAAUAGCACGAAUUCUCAGUUGCCAAGUAAUUUCAAGACACUUGGUUUCGAUUGCAUUCCAGAAAACCACUAUGAACCUGGUUCACAAAUCUGUAUCUCUUUGCCAGAUUUCUAUAUCUGAGUACCACAUAUGUUUAUAUGUUAUCAGAUUUUUUUUCCUGUAGCCCCUCUAGCAAAGAAUCACAGUCUUUGCUGUUCUAUAAUGAUAGUUCUUUUUAUAACUGUUGGUGAUAUAUUACAACGCUGUGUGAAAAUACAGUUAAAUUUCUUUGACUGCAUAGCAGCCACAUAAUAGUACAAUAGUGCAUCUUUGACAUUACCUUUGUGGAAUGAAAAACAGCAUGAUACACGAGAGACUAAUUUAGAACCAGUUCUCUUUUGGGUAAGAAUAUAAUUUGAUCUUAUAUUUUUAACAGUCCGAGCGUUAGAUAAGUCAUGACAAUAAGAAAACUAGAAACUGGAUAUGAAGAUGAUGCCAUAUUAAUGCAAAGGGGUUUUUUUUGUCAUGGAUGCAGAAAGUGUUGUUCUACCAAGCACAGAAUAUUUUUCAUUGGAGUUGAUGUAAAGUCUCUUCCUCUCAACCCCAUUUGUUAAUUGCCAUCCGGUCAACCUCAAUGUUUAUGAAUGAAAGAUUUCUUAGCCUUGCUCAGGUCUUGCAAAAUCAAGGCUUUGUCUUGUUGACAGUCCAUGGAAUCUGUUAAAACUUCCUUUCUCAGCACAUUUCAAAUGAGUUAAUUUCAAAUGAGUUCCUGGCAGCCCUUUUUUCAUUUUCCAGCUUUCACAACCAGACAUAGAAAUCAGAAAUAUUGUGGCAUGGAUGAUUCUGACUUUGGUAUUUAAUGUUUUAGCUUUACACUUGAAGGUUAGAGUUUCUUCAAAGUGCCCUUCCUGUUCUUCGUCUUCUCUGGAUUUCUUGAUAAAGUUUCCAUUUUGAGUGACGACUGAGCCGGGUUGUAGAAAGUCUUUUACCUGUUUUAUUUUCACCAUUUGCAUUAAAUGGAAGUAAACAA